AUGUUGGCGAUAGUUGCAAGCUCGUUUUCGCUGCAAUUAGGACACAAUUUUGGUGCUUUGGCGAACGCAGUUUUGAUGAUGGACUCGCAGUUGAUACAUCUUGAACUGUUAACUAUGGGAGUCUUGAAAUUGAGCUGGUCCAGAUUGAAGUUGAAUGUUUGGCGAGGGAGCUCGUCAAACCAUGAGUUGAUAUCCACUCCGCACAAGUUGAAGAUCCGCUGGAGAGGUGGAAUGAGAACUUUGGUGAUAUAA